AUGCAACCAUACUCCAGAUCCGGCGGCACCAGAAGGUGCUUCUACGAAUUCCAGUCGCUCGUGGCGUGCUACACGGCCGCGGACACGGCCACCAAGAAGGAGUGCACGCCGUUCUUCGACGACUACUCCGAGUGUUUGCAUGGCACCAAGGAGCGCGAGAAGGCGCGGUUGAUGCUGCAGCAGUUGAAGGCCAACGAAAUGUCCGGCGAAGGCGUCAAGGCCGCGGACUUGUACAAGAACUCUGGCGCCGUGUACGAGAAGUUGGACCUCGUGAAGUAG